AUGCCUGCUGCCGGCACUACAACUUCCAAGAAGCCACCGUCGACGAGGGCAUUGACGGCCAGGAUGAAGGAGAUCCAAUUGUCCUUCAAUGACAUCUGGCGGUUUGUGCAAGUGUUUAAGGAAUCCCAUACCGCUACUGAUGUCGAUGUACGCCUGUGUAAGUUAGACGAACUUUGGGAAGGUUUCAGUGAAACCUUGGUUGAAAUCUUUUCCCAUGACGACUACAAUUCUGAAGGGAACUCUUGGGAAAAGGAGCGUAUGGAGUUCAGUGACCGGUACUACGAGGUCAAAUCCUUCCUUAUGGACAAGGCCAAGGAGCUGCAAGAGCCGAAUCUGCUGGAGCAGUCCCUCCGAGCUGGUGAUUCGUCAAUGCGGGGCGGUAUCGAUCAUGUCCGUCUACCACAGAUUAAGCUGCAGACAUUGAACGGCGAUAUAGACGAAUGGCUGAGCUUUCGGGACUUGUUUACCUCGCUCAUCCACUGGAAACCGGAUCUUCCUGAAGUGGAGAAGUUCCACUACCUGAAGGGAUGCUUACAAGGAGAACCCAAGAGUCUGAUCGAUCCGCUUCAGAUUACUAAGGCCAACUAUCAGGUGGCAUGGGACUUGCUGUUGAAGCGGUACAACAACAGUAAGCAGCUGAAGAAACGGCAGGUGCAAGCCCUCUUCAACCUUCCCACCCUUCCUAAGGAAUCCGUUACCGAUCUGCACGUUCUCAUUGAAGGUUUUGAGAGAAUUGUGCAGACUCUUGACCAGAUCAUUCAGUCAGCCGACUAA